AUUUUUUUUUUUAUCGGCAAAUGCAACCGAGCCGGCUGUGCGUCGUUGCGGUUUACCGUGGAAAAUAACAGAUGGCCUUGACCCGAUUGUGCCAUCAUUUUCUCGGCCGGCCAUGGGGAGCUUAAAGGUUACUCUCUCGAGUCCCGACUCGCUUUCGUCGGAACGAUCACCAUGUUUAUUCAUUCCCCGGACGUCUAAACCAGUGGAUGGUCACUAAGAUAGUACCUCCUUUAUCACAGGCUUCGAAAAGGUGGACAUUUUGUGGAAGAUUACAAUCAAAAACAGACAAAAUAUGUCCGUGUUCGUAGAAGCCAAUCCACCCGAGAUCCUUCGAGCCUCCCAAAAGGACGAAUCUUACAUCAACACUAUUAAGAGCGAAUUGGCUGAUAUUGUGCAACGUCUUUUCGGGAACCAGACAUGGUUGAAGGUCCAGUGGCUGUCAGACCUCUCCUGUGUCUUCCUCUACUACACCUUGACCACAUUACUUGACAAUCAAACCCUUGGAGAGGAGUAUGUAGGCCUCAUCCAAGUCGACUCUACAUUAAGGGCCCUUCCCUCUAAACUGACAAGGCUAACAGCCAUAGCCCUGCAAGUAUUAGGGCCACGGCUGUUCAGUCAAGUCAUAAAAAAACUGGACACCUGGCUUAGAAAUCCAGAACACAUUCCAGACUUAGCACCAAAAGCCAGAGAUUACAUAUUGCUACUGAUAGAACUGGUUCAAAGUAGCAAUUUCUGGGUUGGAAGGCUUAACUUGGUGCUUUUUUACAUGUACGGGAAAUACUACAGGCUUUCACAAAGAAUGGCCAACAUUCAUUACGUUUUUACAACAGACUACCUGAAGACAGAGAAUUAUAAUCCGACAUUCAAACUCAUUGGGCAAAUGGCCCUCACCCACCUCGCCCUGCUUUUAUUAAUGAAUACAGUUACCAAAUGGAAAAAUACCUCUACUAUACAACAAUCCAGUGCAAUUACGACGGUGGACAGUUCAAAUGAAAAGUUUGGCAGUGCAACAUCCUCAACUGUGGCAAAAUGCUCUCUAUGCUGGGAUUCCCGCAAAAAUACUGCCUGCACACCAUGUGGGCACCUCUUUUGCUGGCACUGUAUUUUGCAAUGGUUGCAAACCAAGCAUGAGUGUCCUCUUUGCAGAGAAAGUGUGCAACCUUCAAGAAUUGUGCCAUUGUUGAAUUAUGAAUGAUCUAUGUCAGACCACAAAAACUUAUUGAAAUUUGUGAACAAAUUUCCAGUAUGUUGAAUAUACCAAACUUAUGUGUGUU